CCUCGGAAGGAGUGGUGUUACAAAUCUUCUUCAAUUUCGCGUUCAUUUCUUACAAAUUUUUUUGGUCUAGUCUUUGGUGUUUCUUGGUGUAAUGGAACUCAGUGUUAGUGAAUAGAAACUUUUCGUGAUCGUGUUAUCUUGAUGGGGAUAUCUGAAAAUAAAACUUGCAACUGCAAAGCCGAUAAGGUCAAAGGGGACGAUAUCUUUUCACCUUUGAAAGGAAAAAUGAAGGUCCUUAAGAAAAUCAAAAGGCGGAUGGGAUUAGCUUCAAGGUCUGGAUCUAAUGGAGGUGGAACUAACAAUUUACCCCCAUUGCUAUUCCACAAUGUCCACGGGGAAAAUAUCCGAAUUUCGAGGGACGGAACAAUCGCGAGACGAGUGGAGAGUUUUUGCAAAGGCAUCGCUUUCAGUUCACGGCCAGUCAAAGUCAACGAAAAAAUCUGUAUCAAGUUUUUGGAAAUUUCGAAUAAUUGGAGCGGCGUUAUUCGGUUCGGAUUCACUUUUAACGAUCCGAGUAGUUUACGGUAUGGACUUCCAAAAUAUGCUUGUCCGGACCUGACCAACAAGCCUGGUUACUGGGCUAAAGCCCUCCCUGAACGCUUCUGUAGUCAAAACACUGUUUUAUUCUACUACGUCACUUCGACUGGUGACGUCCAUUUUGGAAUCAACGGUGAAGAAAAAGGGAUUUUUUUCAGUGGUGUUGAAACGAGGGGUCCACUUUGGGCCCUGAUCGAUGUUUAUGGUAACUCAACCGCGAUCGAAUUUGUUGAUAUUCGCCACCAGUUGAACAAUUCUCGACGAAAUAUUGCAUCGAAUAGUUGCGAAAACCCGCCCGAAGAUGUUGAUCGUAUCAUUUAUCGGGUGGAACAAAUACAUAUCCAACAGAGGGACAAUGAGGACUUAUCUCUGCCACUCUUACGAUAUCAACCUUCUCAACUUAAUUUCAAUCCUAUGAUGUUGCACAGGACUCGAGGCCGCAAUGUCCGAUUCGGAAGUACGCGCAACAAUGCGUAUAGAACUGACACCGAGUUCUGUCAAGGCUACGUUUUCACAGCCAGGCCUUUACAAUUGGGUGAACGUGUAGUGGUACAAAUCCUAGCCACUGAACCCAUGUUCCAAGGCUGUUUAGGUCUAGGCUUAACCUCGUGUGACCCUGCGACCUUACAAUCGGGCGAUCUCCCCGAUGACUCCAAUUUUCUUCUCGACCGGCCGGAAUACUGGGUCCUCAGUCGCGAUUUCGCUCGCAAUUUAAACAAAGGCGACGAAAUCAGUUAUUGUAUUUCACCAUCCGGUGAAGUGCAAAUCAGUCGCAACGGAGAUAACCCUCUUGUGGUCAUCCACGUCGAUCAAACUCUCCGUUUAUGGGCAUUUUUCGACAUUUACGGGUCCACGCAAAGAAUCCGAGUCCUGAGUAGUCCGGCUCCAGUCUCCCCAGUCCGGAAUUUCGAACGCAGGAUAAUCUCUCCCUCGGCCACCGAAUCCAUGAACAGCAUUAAUAGCCAGUCGGAAAUUCGACGAAAUUCAGUCAUGCAAUCGAAUUCGAGAUUGUGUUGUGUGGCGCCGGCCGAUAUUCAGGUCCAACCGGCAACGAACGGAGGGGCUGUCUUAUCAGUCAUCUUACCACCAGCUCACGCCAACUUCCUCAAUCAGCAAACACAAACGGUUCAUGUGAACCACCAAAAUUCAGUUCACACUCCCAAUGGACACGGACCUCAUCCUAGUCAACAUGGUGUUAGUUACGUGGGGCCCACCAUUCCGAUCUCGCCGGUUGGUAACACUGUCGUGGCGCCGGUGCCCAAUCUGCCGCCGACGGGGACCAUGAUCUCCACUUGUAGCAGUACUUAUGUCGAGCCGAUCUCCGAUUCGAGUUCGUACUCGACUCCGCUCGGAUGGGCCGAACAGAACGGGGCGACGGUGGGCACCGGUACCGAAUGUACGAUAUGCUACGAAAACUCAAUCGAUGCCGUCCUUUAUAUGUGCGGGCAUAUGUGCAUGUGUUACGAAUGUGCGCUGCAACAAUGGCGGGGCAAAGGUGGAGGGCACUGCCCUUUGUGCAGGGCCGUAAUUAGGGACGUGAUUCGUACAUAUAAAUCAUAGACGCUGUCUGGUUUUAGUAUUACUGCUAGUGAAUAGCUCAAGAAGAGAGAAUAUAUUUUCAUCGUUUUUUCCAAGUUACUAAAUGAAACCUAAGUUAUUAUAAGUGCUUCCAUUUAAGACAACUGCCUAAAACCAGAGUUUUAAGUGCGGAUGGUAAAAAGACUGAAACUCGUUGAUUGGUGGAAUACUAUUUAAUAUAUUUGUCCUGUCCAUUUGUUAAUGUGUUUAUAACGUUUAGUUGUUUUAUUCAUAUGGCUAUUUUUAGUUUAUAAUAAGACCAAAGAGAGCAGUAAAUUAGUCACAACUGCUGGAUCAUUUGUAGGUUCGCGGAGAGUGAACGUAGUCAGCUGCCGAUGCAGUUUAAACUUAUUUAUUUAUUUUUAUCAGACACAAAAUUAAUCUUAUUAUUUAUAAUGCUCUUACAAAACACUAAAUGUUAAAGAUUUAUUUGACUAUUCUCAGCCACAACUUUUGUAUCCCGACUUAUUGUUGAUGUUUUUGAGGCAUUUUCUGAGUGUAUAACAAGUGAUAAACAUUCCUAUGAAGAAGAAUUAAAUACUUUACUGGCCAGUUCUUAUUUUUAAAUCAGGCAUUCUUAAAUGACUCCAUUAUCCGAAAACUGUUAAUCUUCAUUACCUGAAAUUAGAUUGACAGUUUUGACAAUGGAUCUUAACUUUUGUAUAAUAGUAUUUCUAGUCAUAAGAAUGUACUGACUUAGUUCAACAUGUUAGUUCAAUUAUUAUACUAUUAUUCUUAAAUAAAAUGUUAUCUAUUACUAAUUUUAAA